GUGCGUAGUCUGGCUGGAAAUUGGUUAUGGAGCUUAAACAAUGCAGCGAAACGAUGAAAGACAUAUACAAGAACGUAUUCAUGCACAUUUGAUUGGGUGUAAGAACGCACAUCGACAUGUUACAAUCGUUUCAUCAUGUCUGACGCUGAUAUAAGUACGGUGGCCAAGAAGUGCAAAAUGUAAACCAAUGUACAAUUGCACCCCCCGGAAGGGGAAUGUACUAAAUCCCAGAGUUACAGGAAGUGAUAACGUUUGGCCCAAUCAGCUCUGAGGAGUUCCUUUCCCGAUUACCCUUUAACGCCAGAAGGCGAUUGUACCAUACAACUCAGACAAGAAGCCGUAACAUGUCGCUGCGUUUCCAUCGUGACCCUGUACACUAGGGGUGUGAAACUCGUGCCAUGGAGGGCCGAGACAUUGCAGGUUUUCUUUCCAGCCAGUCACUAAAGCAGGUGAUUUUAAUGAUCAACACCUUCAGUUUGAGGGAAGGAGCUCAUCAAUUAAAUCACCUUCUGCAGCGUCUCGGAACCCAGGGCAGGAGUUUGACACAUGUGCUGUACAGCCACACAACUGGAGCAAGUAAUUUCAACUACAUGCACUUAGGUCACGUGGUUGAACUCCAACAAUACCGGAUGUUAAUUACACCAAUUAGAGUAACUUCAAAAUAAAAGCAGAUAGGCUAAAUCCCGUCCUCGGGCGACGUACGUCACAAGACACGCGAUAAUACAGCUACGAGUCACAUGAAGGAGUCGCCAGUAUAGUUUUUGUCCCCUCAUACUGGAUGUAGCAUUAAAUAAUUUGUAUACAUAUCCGUGGCUUGUCUGGAGUAAGAGACAUGGAUGAGGACGGACUUCCGAUUACUGGCUCCGGAGUUGAUCUAACGACGGUUCCGGGCAUUCAGCAGAGAAGAAUUGUUGCUUUCCUCAACCAAUUCAUCGUACACACUGUUCGCUUCCUUAACAACUUCUCCACAGUGUGUGAAGAGCAGAUAGAGACCACGCUGUGCAUUCUGGAGGCCAAGCUGUCCUCCAUCCCUGGACUGGAGGACGUCACAGUAGAUGGAGUGGGACAUACCCAAACCGUCCAGACCAAUGGAACCAGCGCUCCAAGUCAGACAGAUGGUCCACCGGUUGUGAUGCUUCCACCUCCAGAGGCUCCGAGUCCUUACAGCACUCCAGAGGAUGUGAUCAAAGAGGUGAACAUCAUGACGGUGGCCAAGGAUCCUCGCUAUGCCAGAUAUCUGAAGAUGGUUCAAGUGGGCGUCCCAGUGAUGGCCAUCAGAAAUAAAAUGACCAUGGAAGGUUUGGACCCGGACUUGUUGGAUAAGCCAGACGCCACAGUGCCCGACGGAGGAGGAAAAAUCGCAGAGGAGCAGGAUGUGGACGCCAACACUUCAGAUAGCGAGUCGUCCUUUAGCGACUGACAGGUGGCCCCGCCUAAGUAGAUGUUUGGAGGCCUCCAAUGGCAAUUCUAAGUCCACUGGUGCGUAGCAUAAAGCAUUUCGUGGCUAUUCCGCUAAAUGUACUACAACUACUACAGUCUUUAACGACGCUCAAAAUGUUCAAUGAGGACGUUCUAGUUCUCCCCAAAGCCCAAUUAAGUCAAAAGCAUUUAACUGCAAAGCUGCAGAAAUCUAACAUGUUUGUUUUUUAACUAGACUUUUGUCCCGAAGGAGGGUGCCGUGUUUAAAAACAUGACGUAUUUUAGCCGCUGUACGACUCUGCAUAUGGUUAUUUUAUUUAACUGUUUGAGCAACAGUUUAAUUACUUGAAAAAAUAAAAAAUGAUGCUUUGCCCUGUUUGAUGUCGUUGCUGCCAGCAUGUCACUCUUACACAUGCCACCAGAGGGCGACAGCAACCACUCCAGCAAACACCAUCGUCGUAUUUGUUUAAAAUGAUUCAGAUUACCGAAAUCCAUUAUUCGUGAGCAAUUAGUACAAACCCACUGAUCUUUCAUUGUAAUUAGAUGUUUAUCAAAAUUACGUUAUUGUUGUCCGAAACAGUCGUGCCCAGUUUUGCGUGCAGGUAGCGGGAGCGCGCCCGCUUCGUCAAAACCAACUCGGCAUCAGUCAGCUGAUAUUAAGCUCCCCUCCUGAUUCGCUCUUGGUCCACCGUGGCAAUGGUGAAUAGAAGUCUCAAACCACACACGGUGAUGCAACUUUCAUCUUUAUUUUUGUGAUUACAGAUAAGCAAAGUGGGUGGGAAGAUGUCCGCAUCUAUAACAAAAGUUAUCCGUUCACUUGUAGCGGCUAGUUAUGUAUACAAAAAGUGAAUUUGCCUGAUGGCUUUGCUUCACGUCAUGAAAUCUUGUUAAACUAUUAUUUUAUGAUGAAUUGGAAAAUGUGCCCAUUACUGAAAGCGUUUUAAUAUGCCUCGACUUCGGCUGCAUUGUCUUUUGUUUCUUGUAUAUCUGGAAUGUUUGAUAGCGAAUGCUAACUGGACGUGUGUCCGAAUGAACGCUAUGCAGCCAUUUUAGGUUACGUACACAACCAUUGCGGAAUGACUUGUCAUUAUCUUUAUUGUCGUAUAGAAGUUUCCCGGUUAGAUUUGAUAAA